CCAGAGCCGGUCCAAUGGGGCGCCGCGGCGGAUCUCCUCUCUCGCCGAGCGAUCGGCGAGCGCUCGCCCGCGCGCGGCGUUCGCCCGGCGCGCCAGAAGCUGGCGAGCGGCCGAGCGCUGCAGCGCGAGCGGCUGCAUGUGUCGUCGUCGGUGGUGAGAGAGGCAUGCGCGUGUCCGUCGGGCCCGAGCGGCUCCUGGGCGCGUGCCUGAUCGCCAAGCCCCGGCGCGGCGCGUGGGCCGGGGUGCCGCUGAUCGCGCUGCCGCCGUCCCCUCCCACGUCGUCGGCGCAAGGCAUCGAGGAGCAGAUCGUGUCGCUCUCCCAGCUGGCCCUCCACGCGCAAGGCUCGCCGCUCGUGCUGGCUCCACGCGCGCGCAAGGCGACCCCGAGUGGUGCGACGUCGUCCGCGUGUUGCUGUGCCGCCGAGGAGUCGUCGUCGUCGUGCCAGCCGACGCCGCCGUCGACGCCGGACUCUGGCGGCAGCCAGGCGUCCGACGAGCCUGCCCCGCUGCCGCGCGUGCUCAAGCCCCGCAAGCGGCGCAAGCGGGAACGCGCGGCGUCCGCGCCCGGUCCGGGACUCGGGCUGGGACCCGGGCCGCCCAACGCGCCGUCGGCUCUGUGUGCCUGCGCCCUGUGCCGGGCCCCGGUGGGGGCGUCGUCCAGUGCACCGCCGACGUUCUCGCUAACGGGUUACCCGACGCCGCCGGUGUCGCCGCUCCAGGGACGCCUCGGACGCGACUGCUGGGACGACGCCGUCGCCGGCUACAAAUUCACUGCAUCUCAACCACCCCAGAGGCCCUGGGUACAAGUCGCCCACCCAACACGAUCGCACCCGUCGACCGUGUUCACUGUGAUGUGCUACAAUGUGUUGUGUGACAAGUAUGCUACGAGACAAGUGUAUGGUUACUGUCCCUCGUGGGCACUCAGCUGGGAAUACAGGAGGAAAGGGAUCAUGGACGAAAUCCGGCACUACUCGGCAGACAUCAUCUCACUCCAGGAAGUGGAAACAGAACAAUUCCAUGGAUUCUUUCUUCCGGAGCUGAAAAGGGACGGCUAUGAUGGUAUCUUCUCCCCAAAGUCUAGGGCCAAGACCAUGUCCGAGGGUGAUCGGAAACACGUCGACGGCUGCGCCAUUUUCUAUCGUACAAACAAGUUCAUCCUGCUAAAGGAGCAUCUGGUGGAGUUCAACCAACUGGCCAUGGCCAAUGCCGAAGGCUCGGACGACAUGCUCAACAGGGUCAUGACCAAGGACAACAUCGGCUUGGCUGCCCUAUUGCAGAUCAAGGACGGGGCACUCGACAACGCGAACCUGGAGGGCAAAGGCCUGCUGCAGCAGCAGGCUCCUUUGCUGGUGUGCACGGCCCACAUCCACUGGGACCCGGAGUACUGCGACGUGAAGCUCAUCCAGACCAUGAUGCUGAUGCGGGAGCUGCGCUCCAUCGUCGAGGAGGCCGUGCAGGUGCUCCGCUCGGCACCCCACCGCAGGGGCAACCCCGACACGGGCAGCGUGCCCCUGCUGCUCUGCGGAGACAUGAACUCCCUUCCGGACUCCGGCGUGAUCGAGUUUCUCAAGACGGGCCACGUGUCGGCAGACCACCCGGACUUCAAGGAGCUGGGCUACAAGGACUGCCUGCGCAAGAUGUGCAUUGAGUCGGACUCCUUUGUCGGAAGCACCUACACCCACCCGUUCAAGAUCAAAGAGGCGUACGCCGACGGAGUCAUGCCCUACACCAACUAUACGUUCGACUUCAAGGGCGUCAUCGACUACAUCUUCUUCUCGCGGCAACACCUUUCGGUGCUGGGGGUGCUGGGACCCCUGGACCAGCAGUGGCUGGAGGAGAACAAAGUGGUGGGCUGCCCGCACCCCCACGUGCCCUCCGACCACCUGCCCCUGCUCGCGCAGCUCGAGCUAGCCCUGCCGAGCAACGGCUUUGUGCAGCAGCGCAGGUAGCAGCCGGAGGAGGCCCCCUCGCCCACCUACACGGCCCCCUCAUCCUCAUUCGUCGUCUCGUGUCUUGCGACGCGGCCAGCACUCCGUCUUUAAGGGACAACCUACCCGGCGAAGACUGCGGCGACGUAGCCGGAAAAAGAGCGGCCGGAACGCCGGAGGCCUUUCCAAAAAGUUGUGUUUCUGUAAAUUUUUAGGACCCCUUUUAGUUUUUGUUUUUCCCUUCUUUCUUUCUUCCCACAUGCACAUACACGAGGCAAGUGGGUUCGAAGCGGUCUCGGCUCGAUCGAGCGUUCAAACCGAGGCAUGGAUUUGCGGUUGGCAAGUGCACCACCACCGUCGUCGCGCUCGGUGCAAGGAGUCAACGCCUCUUCGGACAGGGUUUCGGGGUCUGUGCGGAGAUUGGGGCAAAUGACAGAAGGACGGCAGCUUUUAUCCGAGAGAGUGUUCGUUGUUUGCCGUCUUAGGGCUGCCCAGGUACGGUGUGGUGUACGUACGCAUGAAACACCAAGAGGCCAGGCAUGAUGGCGGGACUGUUGAGCAGGCAGGCAGUGCCGAAACCUGCAACAGCUUUUCUCUUUUUUUUGCUUUCCUUUUUUUUUCUCUUUUUUAAGGAGGCCGCGGCUUUGGCGGUUUUCUAACCGAAUCACCCACAAUGAAUAAAUUAUUGAAAAACCGACAUUGUGAAAUAAAGAUUGUGCUUUCGCCCAUAUUGGGGUCUUUUAUAUCUCCCUACGGUUGCAAUCGUGCAAGGCAAUUGCCAUACAAAUUUUUCUGCUCGCACUUUACUAUGCGGUUUGUUGAAUCGUGCGGUUUGUUGAAUCGCCGGCAGCUGGUGUGAAACAAGGAAAUAGGAGAGCUGUUUUAAAACCUCCGAGACAGUCAUUUGGUGGGUGAAUUUCUUUCUUGGUGCAUUCCGAUUUUUGUCGCCAGCACUCUUCGAGUUUUUUUCCACAGUGGCGGGUGAAUACUGGGCAACAAGAUAUUGGUUGCAAUGUCCGCAGACCCCUAUGUCGUGUGUGAAAGCACUUGGACUGCCUAAGCCUAAGGGAACGGAGAGAGGUGCCACUCGGUUUUGUGUCACAACCUUCUCCCGGCUGCCUCUGUCUAGUGGCGUUCCUUUCUCCUAAAGGAGCGGACACUCGCUCCCCCCAACCGUCCAGCCCUUUUCUUCUUGUUUCGAGAAGCCCAGAGUAAAACAAUAAGCAAAGUCAAUCCUUGCUUGUCACAGGGUUGUUGAAUGACUGGAUGGCCCAAGGCUUUCAUCGGUCUCAAAAGCUGGCUCUUGCAGGUCUUGUCGAUGGCGUCUGCUAAGCCUUGUUGGCAGAAAUGCACCUGCGUGUGAAUGCCGUCUGCUCUUACACUAGAACUGCCAUCUCUUGGUUUGCAACUUUAUGCUACAAUCUCAAACUACAGUGCUCUAUCUUUUUUUUGUUUUUGUUUUUUUUCUUCCGCAUUUUGGAUUGGUUUUUGCUGAAAUUGCAUGGAAUGCCAAACUACUUUCCAAGCAUUGAUGCCUGGACCAUGUAAUGAGCGUUGGGGCUGGCGCAUCAAAUCACUCUGCUGCUGAUCAACGGGCUUCGUGCGAGCUUGCGAGAAAAAGCAAAGAUGAAAACUUUGGUCGACACGGUCUCGUUAUUCUUUGAUAAGCGGCGCAUUGCUUACGUCUUUAGGCUGGGUGCAGUGUUUUAUGGUUUUCGGGUGAUGGAGGAAAUUGGCAGCUGGUUGCUCCUUUUGUGAGGGCACACGAAAGCACGGGGUCAGAAAUGGGACCCUGCCAAGGUUUAGUCCUGUAGUCUAGAACUGAGACACCUGGGGAAACUUUGGUUACAUGUGUGGAGCUACACGAGAAAGAGAAUGUACAAAUGUCCAUGUUUAUGGUACGCUUUGUCAUGUCGAAAGAAUGCAUUCCACUCAUACUAGUAAAUCAUCGAAGCUUCUUGGAACACUAACCUGGGAACGCUGAAAGCGAUGCCUGUGUUGGCUUUGCUCUCCACGUUCACUGCGCUAUCAAAGUCGCAGCCCGGUUUUUUUUCACAGCCUUGUGGAGAAGGGGGGCCCAUAACAAACACGCAUUGCAAAACACAGUUGUCUUUUUGUACGUGGAUGUACCAGAACUUUUUUCUUUGUUUCUCCGGAUUAGGGAGGCAAUUUUUUCACUUUCUCCGCUUGUUCAUUAUGUUGCGUGUAGAGUCCAGAGCUAUUGAAGACCGGCACACAAAUGGAGGUAGAGAUCUAUCUGAAUCUGAAAAUAUUUUUUUUUCAUCGUUCUUUGCUUUGCUGCCGUGCUUCUUUUUGGGUUGCCUUUUUGUGCGAUUCAAUCGGGCACCACAUCAUCUGGUGUUCAGCUUCUCUCUUUGAAGAAUACGAGGUCAACAAACAUGUGGAUGGUUUCUUUUCCUUGCUGCUCUCACACUCCAUGCAGUGCUGUAGAUAUGUUGUUUUUUUUUUUGCUUGCGAGUAUUGUAGAUGAAGCAUGUUCUGUACAAUGUAUUAAUGUACAUAGAAACUUCAGAAAACAAAUAAGAAAUGGGAGACCGUCUCUUUGUAAAAAAAUAAACUUCAUCGUCAUGGUAUGCCCUUUUCUUUGUAGUUUAUUUUUAGUCUGCACAGUCAUUUGUAUCUUCCGUCUGUCGUCACUUGCAUUCAGUAUUGUAGGCUGCAUAUGUGCACGCGAGGAAAAAAGUUUGUGUGAAGUAUUUGCCCUGGCAACCCAAUGGCUGCAUUGGCAAAAGGUUGUUUUUAAAUCUCUUGCAGAAUUGUUUUUAACUAAAAGCAGCCUAGCUCUUGCCUUGUAAGUGUGUCAAAUUUCAAAGUUGUUCAUUGUGGGUGUUGUAGAUGAUUCUUCAAAUUGAAAUAAAACAUGGUCAAAGUGCUGGCGUC